AUGAUUUAGUAAUACAAACCGGUGCGUUCAUGUUUAGAUCCUGAUUUUAUUUUUAGUGUUUUUAUUUUUUUUUUACGUGAAGUCCGAAAUUUGAGUGAUAAAGCGAAGCUGGACGAAAUAGAAGCUAUGUAUAAAAUAAGGCAAGAAAGUAAGUCAAAAAUAUUGUUUUUGCUUUAUUUACAUUCCAUGCUUAAUUUGAAAAUAUACGCAGUUUCUUUCCGGUAUUGUAUCCGACCGCUAGCUUUAGACGGCUAAUGACAGGCUAAGUCAGUGGGAUCCAUUUGCUGCGGUGAUAAGCGUUAAAAUCACCUCGACCUCAGGCAGGGAUUCCUUCAUUUCUCAACGACUGCAGCAGUGUGAACCAUCUUGUUGGCCAAACCCUGGAUGUCAGGUGAACAUCAAUCAGCUUCAUGGAGUGAAGGACUUCAGUUGUUAUCUGUGAGACCAGAUGACCAGGGGACUCCGCCAUGAAACCUGUGACCUAUCAAGGCAUACCGUCGUCUGUGAAUGGUGUCUAUCCGAACGUGGCGCUGGAGCGUCUGUUGGGCACCUCGAAGGUGAUGUACUGUGAGAAAUGUGGAUUUGCAUCCACAGACCCUGUGGCGUUUAAUAAGCACAUGAUCGAGCACGGAACGAGGUUUUGCUGUUUUUAUUGCAACGCCAUGUUCUUCAGUGAGGCAGAGCUGAAUGAGCACUUGAAGCAGCACACGUCAAAGUACUCAUUUAAAUGUCCCCACUGUGGACAGGGCUACAUGAGGAGGUUGUGCCUGGUGAAGCACAUUGAACGUUUGCAUAGUAACAGCAUAAACCAAGGACCUACUAAGCCUGGCAUGACAAAAACUCCACCCGUCACUGUCUCCAGUGCCUUAACUAGUGUGCCCACUGCUGAUCCGCUGCUGCCGCCACCUCCUCGACCUGUCGUCCGGGUGGCUUUGCCGACCACAACUGCAUCUGCUACCAGAUUGGGGAAAACACUGGAUAUAAACAUGGCCAACACCACUAAUGGAAACACAGAACGUGUGUCCCAUUUGAACGGUCUCAUUCAGCCCAAUAGGGCCCUUACAGUGUCUCUGCCAGAGGAAGUGAACAUUCCUGCUGGCUGCUUGGUGGAACUUGUUGAGGUGAAAACUGUUAACGGGACUAAGGAGCUGAAACUGAGGCUCAUCUCGCAACAAGAAAAUGAGUCGGUGAUAAAGAACUCAAAGCCCGCACCUCCUCAAAAUACUGGUCCGGAGAAGCCCUUGUCGACCACUCUACUUCACCCGAACACAGUGAAGUCAGUAAGCGGUGGGAUGUGCACAGGCAGCAGGAAGCAGAGCGAAACAAAAACGAUGACAAGCGUUGCUGCGAAGAUUGCCAGCAAUUCAACCAAUGUGGUGAAUAAAGAAAAGGCUGGGCUGAAGAGGCCUUCGAUGGAAAUAAUCAACCUGGAUUGUGACACAGUCCUCUCAAGCAAAGUUCUCAAAACCAUUCCCACUCCUGUGCGGGAAGUUAAUAGCGGGAUUAGAGUUACACAGGCGUCACCCGUGAACCAUGUCUCUUCCUCUUCAGGCGUCAUAUCUGGUAGAGUUCCUAUCAGGCUGAGUGCUGCUCUGCAUCCAGGCAGCAUGGUUGCCAAAGUUCCUCAGAGGGUUGCAGAUGAGAGGAACAAUGCAACUGUGGAUCUUUCGAAGAGUGUUCCACCCAGGAGGGUGUCUGACACGAACGAUGUUAAAGAAGUGUCAGCAUCUGUGAAGCUGGGAGCCAGGGAAAUCCGCCUCAAGAGCAACGCUGCUACUAAAGAAGACAAAGAUGUAGUGUGCUUGGAUCAGAAAAGCACGCCAGCCUCUAAGUCUUUAAGGGCUCCUGUACCACAAGCCUUUCAAGUGAGACCUACAGCUGUUUCGGUCAGUAAAGACAAUCUUGCAAAUCAGACUUUUCCAGUGCCAAGAAGUCUGAUGAAACCCUCAUCAAUAAAACCCCCUGUUUUAUUCGAUCACACAAAUCCUAAAGUAUCAACAUGUACCCAGGAGGUCAGAACUAACAGCAUAGCAAAAGAUGGCCAUGUCUCAGAGCCUCGGAGCUUUCCUGUCAUCUCCUCUGUGUUUUCAUUAAGCGAGCAGCCAGAGGAAGGCAAAGGUCCAAUUCAGCCACUGGUUAUGGCUCUGAGAGGGAUAGUGAUGGCUAAAAAACACAACACAAGUCAAGACCAGAUCAGAAACAGCACAGAGGAACGGCGUAAGACACCACCAUCAGGCCAGUGGAUCCAGCUGACUGCAAAAAAUGGGGCCGUCACCCGUGAUGUGUUACUCGCCGAGAAGGCAACUGAGUGUGUAAAAAUAGAGGAGCAGGAUAACGUGCAGCUACCAGCAUUGACACAAAAAGGCAUUCAUAUCAAGAAGGAAGAAAGUGGAACAAAAACAAGAGACGCUGACAAGUGCAGUUUUAAUCCUGCGUUAAAGUCUUCCACAUGUGAAGAUUCUACACCUGCUUCAGCAGUGGAGACACCCAACGCUGUAGAUCCCCUACAGCAAACAGACAAAAGCAAGGAGGACGAAUCCUCCAAGUUCUUGACCAUCUCUCUGAAACGGGUUCAGGUUGGCAUCUGGAAAAAAAGCAAGAAAGGUCUUAAGCUUCGAAUAUCCAGAGACAAGCCUCUGCUACCCGCGGGUGGCCUCGAUGACUGUACAGUUAUAUAUCCCAUGCCGCUGAGGAAGGACCAGCCGGUGAAGUGGCCCAGUCCGAACCAGCCGGUGGUGGUACUUAAUCAUCCGAAGCCCCGGGCUUGUGUGCAGAGAACAAGGGCGGAUUCAUUUACAGACACGGGAGCCUCUGAUGCGACUCCAAAGUGCCAAAUUUUAAAAAUGAGACUAAGCAAAGGGAUCGGACAGAGCUAUGAAGUGAUGGGAUGCACUGUUAGAGACUUUCCCUGAAUGUAGUGUUCCAACUAUGGACAGGAGUGUACAUUUAUUAUAAAAGACGUAGUGUUAUCUUUGAAAUCUCAAAAAAUAUUAAGGCAGUUAUUUUCUUAAUGCAAAAAAUGUGGACAUCAAUGUUGUAUGUAUUAUACUGAAUAUUCAAGUGCAUUGCAGGUUAAUGCUUUUAUGCCCAGAAUCUCGACUGUAGAUUCCAUGGACUAAUAGAGUUUAAGUACUGUUCAAUAAACCCGAAGGUCCGUUCAAAGUAUUAUUGCAUGUAUUUUAUUUAAAACUGUUUUUUUUUGGUUUUUUUUUUAUCAGUGACUUUCAUCAUCAACCAGUCAUGCAGCAACAUGAAAAGGGUUAAAUUACAAGGGUCCAUGUUACAUUUCACACAGACAAUUUUUGAUGCAAGUGUAAUAUUAAGCAAGACAAUAAAACUUCAAUGCAAAUAUUCAGAUGAGGAGUCAAGUUCUAAAUAUAUCUAAAUUUUUUUUCACCGAACAUUUUUGAAAUUGCUGAUACAAGUAUUUGUGAAUUUUGUCCAAAAAGUCAACACUAUCACAGCCCAAAAACGACAGGUUCUUACUGUUCAGACACUACACGGCAACCUCUGUAUUUGGGAAAUAUUCUUAGACUAAGCUGUGCUUUUCUGGUCCUCGGUCACUGGUGAGUUCAUCAAAUGAACGGCAUCAAGGAGAGCCGCUGCUGUAAGGUGUGAAAAAUGACAUUUAAACAUCGACUCCGCUGUGUGUUCUUUUUAAUGCAUGUUUGGUUAAGUUAAUCAUCACUGGGUGGAAGCGUUUGAGAGUUAUUCUUAAACUUAUCUGAAGUGUGAUGAGAAAUGUAAAAGUUGUGUUUUCUAACUUAAGUGUUUACUACUUUGGCGUCCUUUCAGUGAUGGUAGCAUUUUGGAUGUAGCCAGAUGACAGAAGGUGAAAAAAAGGCUUCACGACUGGAGGGAAUAGUCGAAAUUUAGACUAAACAGGUUGGAGGUAGAUAUAGUAGAAAUGAACUGAAUGGCUGCAUUUUUUCUAAACUAGCAGGUUAAAAGUCUCAAUCACCGUGCAUUACUUUAUCUUACCAUGUGUAAAUUACUGUAAAAACAUUUGAUUUUUGUUGAAGCUAUACAUGUAAUCGACACUUUCUUGAAUAAAUUCUGCUUUUCAUUUGCAUUUCUGUUCUAAACUGAACCUCUGCUUUAAGUUUCACAUUUUAUCUGAUGCCUGCAAAGUAAAAGCAUCAGAAAGAAACAGAUUUACUGUAUGAGAAAGAAAUAAAACUGGAGGUUUCUUUUUUUUACAUUUUCCCAUCUUGAUGAUACUAAAUGUAAUUAUUUUUGGGCACCCCAAACCUGUUUUGUGUGUAUAUAUUUUUUGUAAGUUUGAACUUGCGGGAUCAUUUAACCUGAUCAUUUUCAGACUGUUUGUCUUCUUAUGGCAGCACUACAACACUUGUAUGUCCCUGUUAGUCAUGUAAUCAUGUCCUAUAAAGUGCUGGACCUACGAUUACAUUCAUAGCUUUUGGUUGCCUACAGACGUUAUCGUUUACGGACAUCUUCUAUUUUCCUUUUUGCUCAUGCUUUUGUAAAUAGACUUAAAUAUACAAAUCCUAUAGGAUAGGAUAUAUAUAUAUAUAUAUAUAAUCCUAUAGUGUCUUAUAUUAUCUUAUAUAUGAAGCAAAACAUGGUGUUCAUACUUGAUAGAGAAUGGCCACCACCUCAUAUUCUUCCUUACGCUGCAGUUUCUGAAGCUGCUGUGCAGUCACCAUUAUAAAUUAUUUCAAAGUGUCGGAACAUCACUGCUUAUUUGUGCUAGAGUUAGUCAUCAUGUAGUCCAAGGGUGUUUCUGGUUUUAAUACAUGCUCAGUGUUCAUUAUCUUUGUGUUCCAUGCUUUUAUAACAAUUGUGUAACUCCACUUUUUCUAAUAAAAACGGGGGAAAUAUAUCAAUAA